AUGGGACAACUAGGUUGGGCCGUCUGCGUUUCAAUGAUGACCAAUUUCAGCCUGCACGUUCGAGAGCAAAAGAAAAAAUGCUCCGAACUCACCAGCAUCUUCAAAAGCAACCGGAACGAGUGUCCGCCGCAUUUCGACGGUAAGCACUGCUGGCCGUCGACUCCGAUCGACAGUGCGGCCAAGCUGCCGUGCCCCAUACCGUAUUACGCCAACAGAACGUUGACUCGCGAGUGCAUGCCCUCCUCGACGGUGGCGGCGGCGACGAUGCACAACGACACGGCCGACGACCAGUUGCAUUUGAUGCGCGCCUUGUGGUCGGUGCCCGUCAAUCACGACUGCGCCGUGUUGAAAUCCGAGGCUGCGCGCAAUGGAAACGACGCGCUCUAUCUCUUUGGACUGGUUCAUCACAAUCCCGAAGACUUUGGAGUCGACAAUACGUAUGUUUAUCUGUCGAUACUCGAUCAAGUAGGGUAUGCGCUAUCGACAUUUUUCUUGCUGGUAGCUCUUUUCAUUUUCUUCAGAUUCAAGCACCUUCGAGAAGACCGAGUGAAGAUACACGCGAAUCUUUUUGUCGCCAUGCUCCUACGUAGCGUUGCGGCUCUCGUACAAAAUAGCCUCUACACCUGCGAAGUUUUUUAUCUGCUGCUCUUCGGCUCGUCUGAAUCAACCCACGAAUAUUCAAACUUUUGCCGCGCACUGGUAACCAUGGGUCAUUACACGGAAAUCUCGAUCUACACUUGGCUCUUUCUCGAGGGCUGGUACUUCUACUCUUACAUAUCUCGUUCUCCCUUCGAUAGCAUUUCGAUGCGGGGCUACUACUGGAUUGGCUGGGGAUUGCCAAUCUUUUCCCUCAUGCCAUGGUUCAUCACUUACUUGCUCAACACAACCCAGAAUUAUUGUUGGAUCGACAGCGACGAACAUAUUUUCUACAUUGCUGUACCAAUAUUGCUAAUCAUUAUGAUGGAAUGCGGUCUUUUUCUCUACAAUGUAAGAUUUAUGUACUUUCAAAUGAAAAAAACUUACUGCAACGCAACGAGAAUGAUGUACUGGAAAUGGAUCAAGGCAUCGAUGAUGCUCGUACCUCUUUUUGGCUCUUACAAUAUAUUUUACGCAAUUUGGCCGUGGUUUAAAAAUCUCCUGAUAAGAUUGAUAUUUCUGUCAUUGGCUCGAUUCAUAUGCGCUUUUCAGGGAUGCAUAGUGUCGACUCUGUACUGCUUCACGAAUCACCACGUGCGCGUCGAGCUGGAACGAUUCUGGAACAACUGGAAGAUAGAGCGAGAAAUUUUGCGCAAGUCUCGGCUCGGCCGCAGUACGGAGGACGUGCUUCACUCGUCCCGGGAGACGAUCACAGUUUCGAGAUUCAAUUCUUCCGAUUCAAUUUUGGACACUUACAUCUAA